AUGGAACUAAAAAAAAUUAUCAAAAAUUCAAGUGAUACAUACAAUUACAGUAAUCAAAACAAAAAUAUUGUGAAAAUAGAAAUGAAUGAAAAAGUAGAAUUUGAAGAUAUAAAAAAAAGUGAAAUAUCACAAAAAAAUGAAAUACAAAAAGAAAAAGACGAAUUUGGCAUUACAUUAUAUGAUAACGAAAUAAAAUACAGUGAUGAUAUACAAACAAUAGUGAAAAAAGUAAUAAAUAGCAAAAACAUUGAUUUUUAUAAAAAAUACUCUUCAUACCUUUUGUAUUUAAGUAACGAAAUGGAAAAUGAUGAGAUAGAUGAAAAUAAAGCAAAUAAUAAUAAUACAAAAGUUUUUUUUAAAAUUAAGUUAAAUCCUCAAAACAUGUGUAUAAUUUAUAACGUAGUUGAUAAGAGAACAAUAGAAAAAAUAUUAUCACUUUGUAAUAACAAAUAUAAAAAAAGCAAAACAUCAAUUGGAUAUAUAACAGAUAAACAAGAAAAUUACAAAAUAGCAAAUUCAUCAAAUAGAACAAGUUCAACUGUUUUUUUAUAUACCAUUAGAAGCCGCUCAAUAAUUGAGGAAAAUCAAAUGGAUUAUGACAAUUCAAUCGUUUAUACAAAAGACGAAAGUAUAAUAGAAUUAGAAAAUACAAUAUGUAACUUAGUUAAAAUACCUUUAUGUUAUCUUGAACCAUUAGCUAUAGUUAAAUACGAAGAAAAUAAUUACUUCAACAUGCACCAUGAUGGAUCAUUUAGAAGAGCAACAUUUUUAAUUUAUUUAAAUGAUGUUAAUAAUGAUGGAGAAACAAUUUUUCCUUAUUAUAAUUUAUCAAUUAAGCCUAUUCAAGGAUCUGCAAUUUUUUGGUAUAACAAUAUACCAGUAGAAGAUGAAUACGCAAUUACUUACUGCAUAAAUAGAAUAAAUCAAAUUGAUGAAAAAGAAAAAUCAAUAUAUGAACAAAAUUCAGAAGAAAAAGCUAAUACUUGUCCUACUGAUAAUAAUCAAGAUAUAAAAUUUUCUUGCUUUUCAAAAAAUGAAGAAUCUUCAUUUCAUUUACAUAAUACUUCUAAGGACAAUUUUAUAAAUAAAAAUCCGUGCAUAACAGACAGCAGUGAGAAUAAAAAUUGUAUUAAAAAAACGGUAGAUUUAAUUAAUUUUCUUAACCAAAAAUCUAAUUUACAAAAAUAUUCUAUUGACUUAGUAAAAGAUGAACUUGGUAAUGCAUAUAUUUCAGACAUGACCAUGAUCCACCAAGCAAAUAAAGUUGCAAAAGAAUACAAAUAUGUUAUUAAUUGUUUUUUUAAUAUAAAUAUAGUUAGAAAUGUUUAA